ACUAACAGACCCGAGGUGGUGCUGCAGACCCGCGAGGCAAGCGGACGGCAGGCGGAGAUCCGGCAGCUCGGGCUAAAAGGGAGUAGCGCUCACGCGGGGCGCCGAGCCAACCAAAGCGCCGCCGCCGUGCGCAGGGCGGUCCCGGGACCAUCCGGCGCACAUCUCGCCUUCAGCCAUGGGGUCCGCAUCGUUGGAAAUCUUGGGUCUAGUACUGUGUCUGCUGGGCUGGUUGGGCCUGAUCCUGGCAUGCGGGCUGCCCAUGUGGCAGGUGACUGCUUUCCUGGACCACAACAUCGUGACGGCACAGAUCACCUGGAAGGGGCUGUGGAUGACUUGCGUGGUGCAGAGCACCGGGCACAUGCAGUGCAAGGUGUAUGAGUCUGUGCUGGCGCUGAGCUCUGAGGUGCAAGCGGCACGGGCGCUUACGGUGGGCGCCGCGCUGCUGGCGCUGAUCGCGCUCUUCGUGACCCUGGCUGGCGCGCAGUGCACCACCUGCGUGGCCGCGGGUCCCGCGAAGGCGCGCGUGGCUCUCACUGGCGGUGCGUUAUACGUGUUCUGUGGGCUGCUGGCACUCGUGCCAAUCUGCUGGUUCGCUAACAUUGUUGUCCGUGAGUUCUACGACCCUUCGGUUCCCCUGUCGCAGAAGUACGAGCUGGGCGCAGCGCUGUACAUCGGGUGGGUGGCCUCUGCGCUGCUCAUGUGCGGUGGCGGCCUCGUAUGCUGCGGCGCCUGGGGCUGCGCCGGCCGCCCGGACCUCAGCUUUCCAGUCAAGUACUCAGCGCCCCGGCGACCCACAGCCAGUGGUGAUUACGACAAGAAGAACUAUGUCUGAUGGCGCGGGGUAUGGCGGGGCCCCUUCUGGCAGCAAAGCCCGCGAACUGGAGGAGCGAGCAACCGGGGAAGCUGCGCGGGGACGGCAGGGUCGCACCCCGCACAAGCUUCACGGAAUGUUGGGAUUCCGUGCACCGAUCCCACUGACCCGCAGCCUCAGUCCGUCCUCUCUGAUUGCCACCAUCCAGGCCCUGGCCUGCGCUCUGCCCUGAAUAGAUGACAAGCACUUGUGAGGACUUACAGGUUUCCUUUGUGGGCAGCACUGACCAUGACGGGAGUGGAACUCUCGAACUCCAUCCACUGCAGAUGCCAAUUCUUUUCUCGACCCGAGGGGGAGGAGUCUUGGAUGCUGCCUUUCUUACCCGUGCUCCUAUAGACUCGGAGGGCAGAUGAAGACCCUAGGGUCCCCAGGCCGGAAGGAUGUGUAUAAAGAGCCUUUUCUUUUUCAGCGAGGGCCUAAGCCCAAAGGACCAAGUGACUUCACUUGGACCUGUGUGUCGCCUCAGCAGCCCCCCAGGUGAGGCUCGUGGACACCAGAGCCUGAGUGGGGCUGGGCCACUGCCCUCCUCCAGGCUUGGGGGAGGGAUUGGGGAGGUAAAGAAUUUGCUUAGUAAAUAGCUUGAACACUCCCACCUGUGUCCUGUCCUCUGUCCAGUCACCCCUAUGCCUAGCACCCCAUUCACCCACCCACCCACCAGUUCCUUCCCAAAGGUUUCUGUAGAGAUCUCAGGGAUGGUAGCGCCUGGACACCACGAACUUUUUCUGCCUUCCCUGCCACCUGGUCACCUUCCCAUCAGACUUGAAGACACAGCUCACUGCAAUCCAGGAAAGUGGGAAGAGUCCCACGCUGUUCCAUGGGGGAGAGGGGAGGCAGUCCCCAGCAGAGGACCAGGCUGGGCACCCAUGGACCUGCCACUAAAGACUUGGUUUUGCUUU